AUGUAUGAUCAUCAUACACUACUAUAUUUCAGUCAUAGAUUAUAUUCACAUGAAUUGACACUUGAAGAGAACAAACAAAUAUAUGGAAAGUGUAUCAACCAACAUGGACACAACUAUGUGUUGGAGGUGUCUGUCAAGGGUGCCGUCGACCCAAAGACUGGCAUGUUUAUCAAUAUCACCGAGUUAAAGAGUAUCAUUGCCACCGAGGUGUUGGAUAUACUCGAUCACAGAACAUUGGAGGAUCUCGAACCUCUCAAAGGUAUCGUCACCACCACAGAGAACGUAGCCGUUUGGAUAUGGGGUGCAUUACACAAGAAGCUUGGUAACCUACUAUUUGAAGUAAAGAUUGAAGAAACUGAAAAGAACUUUGUAAUCUAUAGAGGUGAAUAG